CUUCAAAGGAGAACAUUACUGAAAGCCAGGAGGAGGUUUUGAUCGCAGCCAAGGAUAGCAGGAAACGGGUUUUGUGUGAAGACAUUCUCAGUUCACCAGAAAAAGGUCAGUCUCAUUUGUUUGGACAUGAAUGUAUGGGUUUUUCGUAUUAAAUACCACAUUAUAAAUUGAAGAACAUAAUCAAUAAUAUCAGAAAAGCUUCAUCAAACUUAAAUAGAAUUGUUGCUAAUAAAUCCUAAUAGUUAAAUGUUAAUAAAAACUUUCAAUUGGAAACCAAAAGGAAAUAAGAUUCCCAUUUGUAAAUGUUAUGUGUAAGAAUAAUAAGAUCUAGCACAUAUUAAGCAGUGAUUGCCAUUUAAAUAAAAUAAACAAUAUUUUGAUUAUAAUUGUAACCCAUAUGUGUGUAUUAUUUUACUCUUUUCUUUCCUAUCCCAAAUAGGAACCAUUGAGAAAUACUGAGAAACCACGUAAGUAAGUAAUUAAUUUUAUAAUUCGCCCUGAGAUUGAAAACAUAUUGAUAUGUGAUCUGGUUAAUUAAUUAAAUUAUUAUUAAUGCAUUGAUUAAAUUAAAUGACAAAUAAGAAUAUUAUCUCAUAUCAAUAAUCAAGAUCACAUCAACUGUCGUCCAACGUGGAAAGCAUUGUAAAGUAUUUCUAGUGGCAAAUUUGAAGGAUAGAAAGAGUAAAGCCGGUAUUUGAAAAUUUAUAUGCCUGUGGUAAAAAGUGAGAUACUUACAUUUGAUAACAUAAAAUUUUAGAUCUCUUUAGGUACAAAUUUUACAUAACUGAUUUAAUAUUUUAUUUUUACGAUAUUUACAUUUGAUAUAUUUAUUGACAAUUUAUAAUAUUUGGGUGAGAAAAAGUCGUCUUGGUAACAUACUAGUAAAAUUUCAUAUUUGGCGGGGACAGUACUUCUUGAAAACAAAUGUCUGUGACAAGAAGCCAAAGCAAAGACAACAAAAAACAAAAAGAACAUUCAAAUCAAGAGAAUAAUUCAGACCAAGAAGAUAUUUUAGACACGACAAUCAUGGCAUCAGAACAGCAAGAAUUAUCAGGAAUAGAUAAAUUAUUACAAAUGAUGCAACUCCAUUCACAAAGAAUGGAACAGAAAAUGGAUGAAAUACAACAAAAACUGGAUGACAAUCAAAAAGAAAUCAAAAGCAAAAUAAAGGAAAUAACGAAUUGCCAGAAAAAGGAAAUAGAAAAUUUGAAAAAUAAGUUGAAAAAUGCUAUUCAAGUAGACAGAGAAGAAGUGGAAAAAAGAAUCACAGAAAUAGAAAAACAAGUCACCGAAAACCGGACGCAACAAAAUGUAGGAGAAAGAAGAGAAAUGGUUAUACAUAGCACAGAUGACGUGAAGAUAAGGUUUGGCGGGGAUGUAAGAAGAUUACACCCAGUGCCGUUCAUAAAUAGCCUAAAAGAAGAAGUUAACUUAACAAAUUUAAUUUACAAAAUACCUAGGGUAAAUUUAGUGGGCUCAAACAAACGGACAUUGGCAACUAUAAAUGAAGGCAUACGAGUAAUGGUACGACUGGGUAAGAAGAUGUAUGCACUACAAUGUGUAAUAAUGCCAAACAUGUCACAUGACAUGAUAGUAGGAGUUGACGAAUUGGCAGAAAAACAUGUAGUGAUAGAGUUUAAAAAUAAUACGAUGAAUCUAACAGAAGAAAAAGAAGAAUAACAGGACAAGGAACAGGAGAAACAAAAUACGGACGAAUCAGGUAAAGAACAAACAGUGGAAAUGAAUUUGGCAACGAAGCAAGGACAAAGAAGAAAAGGGAGAAAAAGUCAGAAAAACAAAAGAAAAUGAAACCUGUGGCUCCUCAAAAGAAGAGUUGAGCCCAGAAGAAGAAAAAUUGAGAGUAUCAAAAGCAAAAGAAAACUGGGAUUCCUCAAAAGAAGAGAUGAGCUCAGGAGAAGAAGAAAUAAAGCUAACAAAUGAAAGCGAAAAAGAUAUGAUCGAAACAGUGGCAUUUGAAGAGGAGGCAUAUGAAAACGAGGAUGCAGAAUGCACGGUAAAAGUAUGUGAAAAAUCUGAGGAAAAAGACAGAAGAUUGAAAUGGGAAAAAGGGAAAGACAACAUAAUAGCCGACACUCUAACACAGGAUGAGGACACUGAAAAUAAGGAAACAAUUACUCUACAGGUGGGACUAAUUAGAGUAAUACAAGAAGAAGGGGUAUAAGACUUAGAUUAAAGUAAGGAAAUAUACAGGGAGUUGGUUUUACCUCGAGAAAAUUUAUUUAAAAAUGCAGAUAAAUUUUAUCGAAUACAAGGCGGGGAUUUGUUAUAUUUCUAUUUGAUAUGAAAAUUAAAUUUUGAUAAUUAUAAACAGAAUUCAAUUUAAUAUAAAAUAUUUUCAAUUUUCUCAACCACGGGCAUAUAAAUUUAGAACAACCUGUAUACAACAAAUUGUUAUAUUUAAUUUUAAGAAGUGAUUAAACGAAACUCGGGACAAUGCGCUUAGAAUAAACAAAGUGAAUGGCGCGUACCAUUAUCGUUGUUCGCGGAAGGUUCGAUCAUUAGCCUAUGCUAAAUAAAACUCAAGUGAAAUCGAUAAUAGGUCAUUAUCGUUGUUCGCGGAAGGUUCGAUCAUUAGCCUAUGCUAAAUAAGACUCAGUUGAAGUAGAUAAUAGGUCAUUAAAUUUUGUAAAUAGUAGAAAGUAAUUUUAGAAUGGGAAUUAACUAUUUUUUUUGGAAAUCCAUUAAGCAUAUUUAGAAAGAUUAAAAAUUGGUUUUGAGGAAGACUGCGAAUGAGAGUUGGUGGUGGAAGUUUGAAAAUUGGUUUUGAGGAAUACUGCGAAUGAGAGUUGGUGGUGGAAGUUUGAUUUGUGAAUCUGGAAGGGAUAUUUAGAAAGUAGGGGAAUGAAUGACAAAUAGAGAUCAGAAUGUUUUGAGCUGUCGAGAAGUGAAGUCGAGUAGUAGACGGUAGUGUACGGAGAGUGAGAAAGCCGGUAGUUCCGUGAGUGUGGAGUAUCUAUCGUGGAACGAGAAGUAGGCCAGGUCGAGAGUAAAAGAACCUCCUUGAGCCAAGAGUGUCCCGGUAGCUGAUAGCAGUUUCGAAAAAGGUAGAACACAGCAUCACAACAAAAGCAGGAACGAGAGCUAUUCGAGCUAGUUUUUCAAAGGAGAACAUUACUGGAAGCCAGGACGAGGUUUGAUCGCAGCCAAGGAUAGCAGGAAACGGGUCUUGUGUGAGGACAUUUUCAGUUCACCAGGAAAAGGUCAGUCUCAUUUGUUUGGACAUGAAUGUAUGGGUUUUUCGUAUUAAAUUCCACAUAAAAAAUUGAAUAACAUAAUCAAUAAUAUCAGAAAAGCUUCAUCAAAGUUAAAUAGAGUUGUUCCUAAUAACUCCUAAUAGUUAAAUGUUAAUAAAAACUUUCAAUUGAAAACCAAAAGGAAAUAAGAUUCCCAUUUGUAAAUGUUAUGUUUAAGAAUAAUAAGAAAUAGCAAAUAUUAAGCAUUGAUUGCCUUUUAAAUAAAAUAAAAAAUAUUUUGAUUAUAAUUGUAACCCAUAUGUGUAUUUUUUUUACUCUUUUCUUUUCUAUCCCGAUUAGGAACCAUUAAGAAAUAUUUGAAGCCACGAAAGUAAGUAAUUAAUUUAUAAUUCGCCCUGAGAUUGAAAACAUAUUGAUAUGUGAUCUGGUUAAUUAAUUAGAUUAGUAUUAAUACAUUGAUUAAAUUAAGUGACAUAUAAGAAUAUUAUCUCAUAUCAAUAAUCAAGAUCACAUCAACUGUCGUCCAACGUGGAGGGCAUUGUAAAGUAUUUCUAGUGGCAAAUUUGAAGGAUAGAAAGAGUAAAGCCGGUAUUUGAAAAUUUAUAUGCCUGUGGUAAAAAGUGAGAUACUUACAUUUGAUAACAUAAAAUUUUAGAUCUCUUUAGGUACAAAUUUUAC